CAAUCGGAAUAUAUCUGACCUAACUUUGAUUUCCUCAAUCCUCGUCGGAAGUCGCCUUCGCCGUCGUCUUCCUCACCGUCUCUUAGCUAGCCGCCGCCGCCCUCAUCUUCUCUUGCAGCUUUCUCCCUGGAUAUCAAUCCUUACUUAUUCUGUUCCAGUGUCGACGAGGCUGUGAUAUGGGCAAGGAGAAGUCUAGCGACACGGCUUCUUUUCCUCAGCUGGUGGUACUAGACAAGGCAUUCAAGUUGGCUGAUCAAUGGGUUAAUAAAAUGACUAAGAUAACUGAAGACAAAUCAGUUGAAGUUGAAGAAGAAAGUCGACCCUACAGGCUUGGUUUAGGUGCACUUGUUCCUCGUCAAACAAACAUUGGGCAUUUGGUUGGCGUUGAGAAGAAAUUGUACAGCAAGUUAGAGAAUAGUAAAAGAAGAAAUGUUGAAAUCAUGGAAGAAACCACCACCCCAUCAGCCAGAGAUAAGAAACAUGAAAACAACAAAGAUGAUGAUGAUGACGACGAUGAUGAAGAAGAAGGCAGCAGAACCAGUGUGUUCACCAAGAAGAGACCCGUGCCUGCAACUUCAGUUCAACAGGGAAAAAAGAAGCAGAAGAAGCAGCAGCAAAGGUAGUAUCUAGUGGGAAAAUGUAACUCUUCAUCUAGACUCAAGUGAAAUGGAAGUUAUAGCCAACAAACACAACCUUACCCAAUUUUAUUGGUUUAACUUUUGGUCUCUGUCAUUUUAUGAGCAUGUUUGAAAAGUUGUAGAUUUUGCUUGUCAUUUUAUAACCAUGUUUCCAAAAUCUGUUAAUUUUCAAGAAUUAUUCUCUUUUGCAUCCA